AUGGCUACAACCUGUGAAACCUGUCUGCACGACUUUGGUCGCUCCGACAAUCUGCAGCGCCACCUGCUUAAGCGUUACCGAGGUCUCCCAAGCUUGCCUCGCGAGCUCUGCCAGAGGUGCUGGCAGUGGAUAAAGGGCAACCCCCACCACCUUGGCACCAGGCAUCCAAACGGUGCCGAACGCCCACGGAGCUCGUCGAGCAUCUCGACCGCGUGGCGCAUGCACGGCGAGAGCGGGACGCCGCAUGGCGCCGCCGCCGGCGUAAUCAAGGUUCGCGCCGUGUGGAUCACGUCUCAACUGAUGUGCAAGCGGACGAAUCUGCGCAUCUCGACCAGCUGCUGCUAG